GCGGGUGAAGGAGGGAGCUGAGGGCUCGGGUCUCUCGGUUGGAGCCGGUUCUUGGCGCUCUGCUGCCGCCCUCGCCUCCCUGGGCUGGUGUUGGCUCGCCUCGCCGCCGCGGGGCUCGAGAGGGCGCGGAUUGUGCCCCUGUGCUGCUGGGGUUUCUUCGGGUUCGCUCAUUGGCACUCGGUGACGGUUCACUUCUGGGUCCCUGAGGUUAAGAGUCCGGCUGGCGAGAUAAAAAUACUUAAAUAAAAAUCUUUUGCAUAUUUUACAAUUAAAGACAGACUCCCCCAGAUCCUCACAAGAGUUAUUGAUACCCUGCAUCGACAUAAAAAUGAGUUCUUUGAAGAACACGGGGAGAUUUGAUCUGUGUCUCUACAGGAAUAAAUUUUCAGCAUAGGAACUUUUAUUCUCCACUUCUUUCAGAAGGGUGUUGAAGCAGAGAAGAGGGCUAUAUCUUUCCUCUCCAAACUGCGGAAUGAACUGCAAACGGACAAACCAGUGACCCCUUUAGAAGAUGGACUGCCUGAUGCUGCACUGUGGAACCAAUACCUAGACUACCAACGAAAUUUAUCAAAUGGAAAUGGAGAACCAAGUUGGUUUCAGUCACCUUGGUUGUAUGUAGAAUGUUAUAUGUAUCGAAGAAUUCAUGCAGCAUUAGCACAGAACCCACCUAUUGACAACUUUGAUGUAUUUAAGGAAGGAAAGGCUCAAAAUUUCUUUGAAUCCCAAGAGGCUAUUAUUGCCUUAUGCACUUAUUUUCAGGAACUUAUUAAAAACAUCAAGGAUCUAGAUGAAAAGCAACUUCAGGAGGAACUUUUAAAGCUAUUGCAGGUGUCAUUGUGGGGCAAUAAAUGUGACCUUUCUUUUUCAGCUGGUGAAGACAGCUCUCAGAAAUCUAGUCCUUUACUGUCCCUUGAAAACCUGAUACCUUACAUCUUGGUGAACGAUAUGGAAAAACUUUGGUCACUACUUGUAAGCACCAAAAAAAGUAAUGCAGAAAAAAGUAAUGUUAGGAUUGACAUAAUCCUGGAUAAUGCUGGAUUUGAACUUGUAAGUGAUCUUGUGUUGGCUGACUUCCUGUUAUCAUCGAAGCUAGUUGAUGAAGUCCAUUUUCACGGAAAGAGUAUUCCGUGGUAUGUGUCAGAUACGACAAAGCAUGAUUUUAACUGGACUAUUAAAAAACUGCAGGCAGCCAAUCAUAUGUGGAUGUCUAGAUGUGGGAUAAACUGGGAGGGCAAUUUGAAAAAGGGAACUUGGGUUUACCAUGAUCACAUGUUUUGGACUUUGCCACAUGAUUUUUCUAGUAUGGCUGAAGUCGCUCCUGACUUGUAUGCUGAUCUACAGAAGUCAAACUUGCUUCUUUUCAAAGGUGAUCUAAACUAUAGGAAAUUAACAGGAGAUAAAAAAUGGGAAUAUAGUGUUCCAUUUCAUCAAGCCUUGAACAAGUUUCAUCCUGCACCUCUAUGUAGUUUGAGAACACUAAAAUCUGACACUCUGGUUGGCCUAAAACCCGGACAAGGUGAACAAAUUCAGGCCUCUGAUCCUGACUGGAUGGUAAGUGGAAAAUACGGAGUAGUUCAAUUUGAUGCUGCUGUCUAGUGAAAUGGUUCCUAAAUUCUGAAAGAGACAUUCAGUUUGAGUUUUAACUAUUUUCUCUGUUCUGUGCUUGGCUUCAGCAAAAAUUCUGUGCUGACUGCACUUUUUCCUCCCAGGUGAUUUGCUGUUUUUGUUCUACUGAAGAUUUUAAUGUUUUGCAUAGGUUUACAGUCUCUCUUUUUGUAUGUAAAUCAAUUUGCAUUUCAGUAUGCUUUGUUUUCCUCAUGUCCUGUUUCAGCAGAUGUUUAAGGUGAUCAUUUAGUUGCCCAUAAUAUUUUUUUGCUCAUCAGUGGGUGUGAGAGUUUAUGGAUAACAAGUGAAAAAUCUGCUUCAGAAACCGUUUCCUCAAUCCUGCGUUAAUGUGUAUUUACUUAUUUCAGGAUAAUUUGUGCUCCACAUGCUGUGCGUUGCAUGGAAGUUAAUUUUAGAGAAUGCACAAAUUUAAUUCUAGAUAGAUUCUUUGCAACCCAUGCAGGAUCGUAUUUUAAAACUGAAAAAGACUGAGUUGACUUCUACCAAGACUUUAUUAAGUAAAUUGUUUUUUACUUGCUUCUUUUGUCCGUGGACAAAUAGCUUUUGAUGUUUUGAGUAUAAUUCGCUGUACAUUACAAGAAGAGUUCUUGGGUGAUACCUUGGAAAUACUAAUUUAAGGUUCGAAGAUUAAAUUUAAAUUUCAAAAUGCAAGUGGAUGUUGCUAACCAGCUUACCUGUAGAAUAGAGUUGUCUCAUCUGGUAGGAAGAUUAGUGGGAGAAAGGACAAUCUCAUUUUAAGAAUAUGGAUGAUAUGGUUUACUAAGAACCUCUACCAAAAAAAAAAGCAUGCAACCCCUCCUCACGCCCCAAGCAAACCUAGCAACCAACCCAACCAGUUACAUUAAUUGGAUUUUUGAUUUAAUACAUAUUUGGAUUAAAUGUGGUCUGUCAGCAGUGUUUGUGAUUCAAGCACUGCUGCCUCUUUCCAUUGUGGUAGUUCUCUGUAUUUGUCAAAUAUAUUUGUUUUUUUAAGAAUGAUGCCAUAAUUUUCAUGGGGAGAAUAUAACCCCAGCUGCACUGAGAAGUAUGUGCUAGAGAAGGUUGCUACUUACUUGAGUUUAGAUGCCCAUGUUUCUCUUCUACUUUACUCCCAAAUUACUCAGAAUUUUUGGGAAAAUUUAGAGAUAUUUAAUGGCUUUUCAGAGUGAAGUGAAAUGAAAGUGGAAAUGCAUUGUCUAUUUAUAAAGGAAAAAUUAAAAAUGGUUUACGUCAAAUCUCAAAGUGCUUUUGUGGUUUGAAAUAGGGCCUUUGAUAGGGCACUGAUGUAAUGCCAGUGAUAACGACAGGUUUGUUAGGAAAUGGUGGCAAAAUUACCCGUAGUCUGACAGAGUUACGCUCUUGUCUAAAGCUGCUAAAAUGAGAUGAACUUGCCACUGCGAGCCAAGGUGGCUAUGUUACAGAGAACAGGAGUAGGCAGUAGAGAACUCAUUUUCCAUUUUUGUGUCUUACACAGCGAAAGGGAUGGCACAGAGUGCCCUUAUUUGUGUACAUUCUGGAAUUGCUGCUAUGGCAAGGGAAUUAGGGCAACCAUGUGGUAGAAAGUGGAUCUAAGACAACUUUUGUGCUUUCAGUUAACUUAAGAUAAGGAUAAGCUUUGGCAGGCCUAAAGAGGUGGGAGGGGGAGGAUGGAGUAGUUUUUUGUACCCAUUUCAGACUUUGAAAAUGAAGCUGAAGUCCCCUUUUGGUCAGUGAAAUCACUGGCAAAGUAUGUUUUCUGAAGUGGAGAGAAAUCGGCUGCUGCUUGUUGUGUUCAUACAAUAAAAAUCUAUACAGUGGAUAAAUAUGCUUCAACUGCUGAUGACUUUGAUUAUUUGUGUUUGUGUUGUUCUUCUUGCAUCUGAAAGUAUAUUAAUAUUUUAAAGUUGCAAACCAAGUAUUCAGAAACUAAUAAGCUGAGAAUUUCAGGAGGCAAUGUUAUAUUGUAGGUAGGGUUUGUGAGGAACUAGGGUGCUGAUUUCAUGAGUGCUCUAAGACAUGUAAUUCUUAUUACCAUUUAAAUGCUAAUCUGUAAGACAUAAUGUCAUGCUGAAAAAAAAAAUCAGUUCUGUUCUCCAGGUAAAGUGAGUACUUUUCAUCUUUUGCCGCCCACAAAGAGCAGUUUGUAUAGUAAUAUACAUUGUGACUGCAUAGUUGGGUGAAUGGUUGGAAUGCACAGCCAUAAUUUCCAAACACUUAGUUGCUUGACUUCUGUAGCUGUAAUUGCAAAGUGCUAUCUAUAGACAGAACUGAAUAUACGGCAUACUUUGUUUAUUGGCUGGUUAUGUUUUUGUAAAAUUCUGAUUGAUUAAAUUAAAAAAAAAAUCUGUAAUGCCAGUGUUAUGUUUUUCCCAUGCGCAAAGCAGUGAGACAGAUAUUCCAAUGAAGCAUCGUGCUCUGCUGUUGGAUUAGCUACAGUUUAGCUGAAAAUAGGAAACGGUUUUGGUGAUACUCAGUGUUAAUUACUUGUGUAAUAUUUGUAAUGCUUCAUGAAAUGACAGAAUGGGCCUACUGCAUUUGGGUGGAAUUUACUGCCAUACAACAGGAAACUUAUGUUAUAAUAAUAGCAUAAUAUAAGUAGCAUAAUUAAUUUUCUUGAGUAUUCAAGAAAGUUGCUUCUGUACGUCUGUGUUACAACUGAUUGCCCUAAAUGCUUGUAUGGUGUAACUCAGGAACUACUGAAUUGUAUACCCAAAUUCUUGAGGUUGUAAUUUUGUGUGCCAUUGGAAUAUUUGUAGAAAAACCAAGGGCAUUUUCAGUAAUUCUGAGGACCACAACGGACAGAUGUCUUUCAGCUUCUAUUUUUUUUUUUUUUUUUUUUUGCGUUUUAAGCAACUGUAAUUGUAAAUCGACUUUUGAGUGAUAGUGAUGAUUCUUCAUUUGUGAUGAAAUGGGAGAAAAACUAAGGACACAGGCACAGUGGAAGCCAGUACAGAUAUCUGCCUGAAUACUUGAUAAUUCAUUAGAUUAGAUAUAUACAAUAAUUCUCUGUGUAUAUAAGGCUUCUUAAAAUAAAUUGGUAUUUAAAAUAAGUUGAUUGUAUGACUAGAAACUGAUGCAAGAAUAUUGAAAUAAAUUAUAUAAUUUUGUGCAAAAGGGAAGCAUCAUUAUGCUAUUUCAAUGGCUGGGAAAGCCAAUUUAAAAUAAUUCAGGUCUUAGUUCCUGGAAUUUUUUUUCUUUGAAACAGAUUUUAUACAAAAACCUAUAAAGCUUAUUUAUUCAGUGAGGUUUUAAAAGAAAGUUAUACUUGCUGUAACUAAAAUAUUUCCAAACCACUUUGUUUUACACACCUUCCUGAUGUCCUGUAAACCUUAACUAUUUUUGUCAGAAUAGUUUCUUUAAAGCUCAUAGAGUAUUUGCACUCAUGGUUGAACUACCUAACUGCUUGUUCUGUGUGAAGCUUAUUUAUCUCCUAUAUUGUUAGACAGCAUAGGAGAAAUGUUCACUGUAUUGCAUGAAAGUUACCACACGAAAUGUUUUUAUCUGAAAAAAUUUAAACUAAAACAUAUAUUCCAAAAAGGAAUUUCAUUCAGAGUUGUUAGGUUUUUUAAUUAAACAGUUUGCUUGUUUAUAAGCCUUGUGUUUGUCCAAAAUUACAGAACAAAAGUUCUUCUUAUUAAAAGCAAAAAUAAAAGUUCAAAUUCAAAAUCACCUAAGGAUUUAAAAAUAUACUGUGAAAAUGUGCUGGUUAAAAAGAUCUUGUUAUUUCUUUCAGUGAUGCAAUGGCAAAAAGCAUGUGGUAAAAAAACUUCCUAUACCAUGGACUGUUUGUUUUCUUGUUUGGCUGGUUUUGUUUUGUUUUUUUUCCUAAAACAGGCUUUCAAAAUAUAUGUGAUGUUUUAUUCUCGAUGAUGAAUAUGUAUUUCUACUGCCCUGGAAAUAAAAGGCCACUUCAAUGUAUUUGUAUAGAUUAAUUAAUCCACUUUCUGUCUCAGCUUUACAGUUGUGAAUUCUACGGACAUAGUAUGAGAAGGAGUUUUAUUUACACUUUUUUUUGAGGCUUGGCUUGUUUGGCUUUGUUUCUACUGGGAAAGAAAUAUAAAAUGUCAUAUUAUGGUUGUAUACAAUAAACAUAUUCAGUACUGUAUGCUGCGUUUGUUAUCACUUUUCAAUAAGCUAAAUAAUUAAUUCACAGGAAGUUUGAAAGACUGAUUUUC